UUCCCUCUGAAAUUUCCUUUUUCCUUUUUUUUUUUCUUUUACAUUUUUCUCUGAAACAAAACAAUGGCGUCGACGAAGCCCGGUCACGCAAUCAACCUUGAAGAACAGGCGGAAGGCGACGGUGUAGUCGUAGACCACCCGAUUUUUAUACCGGAGGCCACUAGCUUGCUCGUUUCCUACUCUCCGUUCGACAACAGGGACAUCGAUUGCAAUCCUUAUUUCCCUUUCUCAGGACCAAUUUCAGAUUCUGGAUCAGGUUCUUACUCGGAUUCAGAACCCGAUCCGUACAUAUGUCCCAUCGAUUUCUUCGAUCAAGAUUCGUCCGAGGUUGACGCGGCUGAGUACUUGGAAUCGGAAGGGCUGUCCCCCGGUGAUUUCAAUAUUUGGGGCUUUUAUGACCCCAAGGAAGACGAAGAUGAGAUAGUUUUGGGAACUAGAUGUGUAUCUGGAUCCGGGUCGGAUCAGCAACCGGGUGAUUCAGGUGAGCAAGGGCUUCGAGUGACCGGGAUCGAUUCGGAUUCCGACUUUGAAGAUGACGUGUUUGGUUAUACCUCUGAAGAUAGCGGGAAUAGAGCAAAUGAUUCGGAUCGGGUCGAGGUUGGUACGGGUCUCCCUCCUAUAUGGGAUAGCGUCUUCGGAGAGGAAACCAUGUUGGCUGAUGAAGAAUGGGAGGAGGUGCAGAACGCAAUUAAUUGGACGGUUAGGGCUUUUGGUAGACCUGAAGAAGAAGAAGAAGAAGGUGAAGAUGAAUUGUCUUCACUCUCAAGGGAUGAUGAAGAAGAGCAUGAACUGGAUUGGGAGGUUUUGUUAACUGUUAACAAUGUUGUUAAUUAUAUCGAACAAGCAGAAGGAAUCAUGAUAAACACUGAUGAUAUCGAUCCGAAUUAUUACCUUUAUCUAGCUAGUUUGGAUGAAUUUGAUGAAAAUCAAAGUGGACACUAUGAUGCUGAUGCUAUUCUUGGGCAAAUGUUUGAUAACGAGACUGGAAUCAAAGGAAAUCCUCCAGCAGCCAAAAGUGUAACUGAGGAUCUUCCAGUUGUGGAACUCACAGUGGAGGAAUUGAACAAAGGGAACGUGGUUUGUGCGAUAUGUAAAGAUGAAAUGGUAGUGGAGGAGAAAGUAAGGAGGCUUCCUUGUAAGCAUUUCUAUCAUGGAGAGUGUAUUAUGCCUUGGUUGGGGAUAAGGAAUACUUGCCCUGUUUGUCGGUAUGAGCUGCCUACUGAUGAUCUUGAGUAUGAAACGCAUAAGAGCUCACAAAGAAGUGAUACCAGUUUGGCAAGGAAUCUACCGGGUAUCUAUAGAUAUAGUUAAAUGAAUUUGAAGUCUCUGUUGUCCAUGUUAAUAGCCACGUUUCAGAGGCAAAUCCUGAAACCACUAUCUUUUAUAGUAAGCUGCACUUGCCGUGGAUGUGAUAAUGUUCAUGUUGUAAAUGUAAAUAUUCCUGUUUUGUGAAAUAAACCAUGUUUAAACUUGGAACCCAUAAAUCUUGCAAGUGUUUGUGAAGUUAAUAUUCUUCAUAGUUGUUACC